UCUGCGAGCGUUGGUACGGGGUAUAUACACGGUGUGCGGGAGAGGUAUAUACAUUAUUUACACGCGCGCGCGGAUUAUUGUACGGACGAGAGAGGCUCGUCGUCGCGCUCGGCUUGUGCGCACACGUUUUCUUCCACCGGGGCAUCUCUCCUUCCUGGCACCGAGCGCAUUCACGUCCGCGUUGAUGCUCGCCAUCGGCACGAGUGGAUUUGCGAGUUCGAGCGGGCGAACGCCGUCUCGUGCACCGUCGCGUCGCGUAGGACGUCGCGUUAAGAUCGUGUCGUCCUCGCCAUCGCCGUCGUCGGCACCGUCAGUCCGGAUGUCUUGGCCAAGCUGAGAGAUCGCGUACUCUCCCUCGCGCGUUGGGGUGUCGGGCCUCCCAGCUCGUCGCGGUGUGUGUGCUAUCGACGAAGUGAUAUCAGCACGCGGGACGAUGUGCGUGACAGCCAUGCCGUUAAGUGCGACGAAGAUACUGAAGGAUAGCGCGAGCCGGCAGCCGGCGAGGACUACGAUCGCGACUAGUGCACAGGUGCAAGGAUUAAGCGGCGGCGGCAAUAACCGCAACAGCAACAACCACCAUCACCACAAUGCCGGCGAGCCGACCAGACCGCAGCACACGUCGAUCAUGAUGGUCCGCAUGAUCGGCGAUGAAUUCCUCACGGAGGAGCGGGACCGAAAAUAUUACGCCGAUCAUUACACAUGCUGCCCACCACCUCUCUUCAUCAUACUCAUCACCCUCGUGGAGCUUGGUUUCUUCACGUAUUACACAGUGGCGAUGGGCGAGGUGAAUCCCUCCGGACCGGUGCCAAUCGACAGUGUUUUCAUUUACAGACCGGACAAGCGGCUCGAACUCUGGAGGUUCGCGUUCUACAUGUUCCUGCACGCUGGGUGGCUUCACCUGCUGUUUAACCUGGGGGUACAGGUGGUCGUGGGACUUCCCUUGGAAAUGGUUCACGGAAGCCUGAGGAUCGCCGCGGUUUACAUGGCCGGGGUUCUUGCCGGCUCGCUGGGCACGUCGGUAUUCGACACGGAUGUGUACCUGGUCGGGGCGAGCGGAGGCGUUUACGCCCUUCUGGCGGCGCAUCUAGCCAACGUCCUUCUCAACUACAAUAAUAUGGAGUUCGGGAUAGUUCGGCUCAUCGGCAUCUUCGUCAUCGCUAGCGCCGACGUGGGCUUCGCGAUCUACGACAGGUAUGCCGCGGAACAGAUGGGUCCGCCGGUGUCGUACGUCGCCCAUUUGACGGGCGCUCUGGCGGGCCUAACGAUCGGCCUCCUGGUAUUGAAGAACUUCGAGCAACGGUUGCACGAGCAGCUACUCUGGUGGGUCGCCCUGGGCGUCUAUGCCGCCUGCACGAUCUUCGCGAUUAUGUACAAUUUGAUGCACCCCGAUUAUCCAUGACGCGAGGUCAGCUUCGCGUACGGCCAGCCGAGGCAUACGUAACGCGAAGCUGAUCGUCCCUGGAAAAAGAAGAAGAGGAAGAGAAAACGCAGGAAGGGGCGGGAGGGACCGUCGUUGUCAGGCAAUGUCGAGGAAAAUUUUCAGACAUCGCGGAUUCUCGAUAACGUAGCGGCGCUACACCGUGAACGAGGUCGUGCCCGAAGCACCGACAGCGAGAGACACGUAAAGUACGAGAGUUACGCGAUGACGGAGUCGUCGGCAUUCUUCUCGUCGGAAGAACGU